CUCCUGCUGGCUGUCGCCAACACAGGUCAUCAUGUCUCUCAAUCAGAAGAGUGAGCACUGCAAGCUUGAGGAAGAUGUUCAGGCCCCGAAAGAGGCACAGAGCCUGGAAGGUGUGCAGGCUCCCGUGGCUGAGGAGGAAGAAGCCACUGCUGCCGCUGCCGCCGCCGCCACCUCUGCCCCCUCCUCCUCCUCUCUCACUCCCGUGAUCCCAGGCCCCCCAGAGGAGGUGCCUGCCGCUGAAGCUCUGCAGCCUCUCCAGGGCCCUCAGAGAGCCUGCCUCUCACCCACUGCCACCACAGCCACUCCAUCGAGUCAGUCCGAUGAGAAUCCCAGAAGCCAAGAAGAGGAGGGGCCCAGCACCUCCCAGGCUCCACUAGAUCCUGAAGUGCUAAACAUGAGGGUGGCCAAGUUGAUGGAGUACCUGAGUGUCAAAUACACAACAAAGGAGCCAGUCACCAAGGCAGAAAUGUUGAUGAAUGUCAUCAGAGAGGACAAGGACCACUUCCCUGUGAUCUUCAAGAAAGUCUGUGAGUGCAUGGAGGUCGUCCUUGGCAUUGAAGUAAAGGAAGUGGACCCCGCCAGCCACACCUAUGCCAUUGUCAGAGCACUAGACCUCACCUACGACGGGAUGCUGAGCGAUGACCAGGGCUUUCCCAAGACCGGCUUCCUGAUACUCCUCCUGGGGAUGAUCUUCAUGGAGGGCAACUGUGUCCCUGAGGAGAAACUCUGGGAUAUGCUGAGCAUGAUGAGGGUGUAUCCCGGGCAGGAGGAUUUGGUCUACGGGGAGCCCAGGAAGCUCGCCACCCAAGAGCUAGUGAAGGAGCAGUAUCUGGAGUACCGGCAGGUGCCCAACAGUGAUCCCCCCAGCUACGAAUUCCUGUGGGGUCCAAGGGCCUAUGCGGAAACCAGCAAGAUGAAAAUUCUGAAGUUUUUUGCCAGGGUCAGUGGGACCGACCUCACUUCCUUGCCAUCCUGGUUUGAGGAAGCUUUGAGAGAUGAGGAGGAGAGAGCCCAGGCCAGCGCUGCCUCCGGGGAUGACACUCCUGCCGUGGCCUCUGCAAGUUCCAGUACCACGUCCAGCAGCCCCCCCAGCCCUGAGUGAAGUUGGAAGCAGAUUCUUCGCCCUUCAUUUGAAGACAACAGCUGAAGUUCAGAGUAGUGGAGGGCCAGGGUGGGGCUGGAGGGAGCGCUGCAGAGCAUCUUUGUGUUCCUCUUGUUUAUGGGUAUUUAGACAUUUAUCUUUCGUUGUUGUUUUAUCAAAUAUUGUUCCGUAUAAUAGAAAGUUUAAUUAGCACCAGAAUCGAAGCUUAUGAAUGACAGGGUUCACACAUUUAUAGCUGCUUAUCACAUUUAAAAAUAAGAGUUUCAUACAACGUUGUAAAAUGAUUAUAAAUCAAUAAAAAAAUGUUUAAAAAAAGUUUCAUUAUUUUGCAAAACAAAUUGAGAACCUCUCCAUCUUUCUCUGUGAUCUGGAACAAGAUAACACAGCAUUAGAAUAGGAAUUUUCCUGGAAGUGUGAGAGAGCCCAGCCCUAAAACUGAGAGGCUCAAGGAAUAGAGGGGAAAUGUAAAGAUCGCUAACUCAUGGACGCAACUUUCUCUCUCAGUCUGCUGUUAUGUAAGAUUAAACGAUAUAUACGUUAAAUAACAUAGACCUAGAUACGCUUGGCUUCUUCAAGAA